UCCGCUCUUGUUUAUUUCCCCAUUGGCUUUAGGGAGCGCAGAGCAAACAGCCCGACCAUGCUCAAGUCAUCAGACCGUUUAUGAUGAGCUAGCCCGACAAUACCUCACGUAUAUGUUUGGUUGAUCGUUUUAAAAGUGUAUUGCAGAGCAAAAAAGAUUUCGACUUUCCGUGUUUAAGGUAAUUAAUGACACAAAGUCCCAACUAGCUCCUGAAAGGAGGCAGCUGCGCCGACUCGCUGUUCCACGUUGAGCACAUCUGGUUUCAGACAAAAUGUCUAAAGGUGAACCAGAAGAGAUGAUCGAAAUUGAGAUUGAUGGACAGGAUAAACAGACAUGCCUUGAAGAAGGUGUGGAAGAACAAACAAUCACUGCAUCAGAUUUAGUUCAACAAGACAUUGAUAUUAAUGAACCUAUUGGUAACUUGAAGAAGCUUCUAGAGCCUCGUGUCCAGAUUUCUCUUGAUGCAUAUGAAAUCUGUUUGCAGGAUAUUCAGCUGCAUCCUGAUCACAGCCUGUUUGAUCAAGGAGUUAAAACUGACGGGACAGUGCAGCUGAGUCUCCAGAUUAUAGCUAAACCAGGGGAAGAAAAACUGAACAUUUUGGAGAUUGUAAAGCCAGUCGAAACAGUAGAAGUGGUGAUAGACCCUGAUGCAGCAGGGGAGGAAGGGACUUUGGUGGAGGAAGGACAGCUCAUUGCGGUGGAGCGAUCUGCUCUCUCUGAUGAAACUUCAGAGCAGGUUACUCGCUGGGCUGCAGCACUUGAAGGCUACCGAAAAGAACAGGUUCGCCUUGGUAUACCAUAUGACCCGGUCCUAUGGACAGCAGACCAGGUGAUCCACUGGGCUGUAUGGGUAAUGAAGGAGUUUAAUAUUGAUGAGAUGGAGAUUGGCAGCAUCCAUAUUCCUGGUCGCGAGCUCUGUGCUUUCAGCCAAGAGGAGUUCCUCCAGAAAGUGCCCAAUGGAGAGAUCCUAUGGAGUCACCUUGAGCUCUUACGAAAAUAUGUGUUGGCCAGUCAAGACCCAAGUGGGAGUGAUGCUACAGUCACAAUUGACCAACCUGUCCAAAUAAUACCAGCUCAAGUCAGCACCCCCACUACAAUUAAGGUGUUAAAGCCUAAUCGUGGCCCAAGAACACCUCGUAUUUCUGGAGAAGAACGCAGCUCUCCUGGCAAUCGUACAGGUAACAAUGGUCAGAUUCAGUUGUGGCAGUUUUUGCUGGAGUUGCUGACAGACAAAGAUGCCAGAGACUGCAUCUCCUGGGUCGGUGAUGAAGGAGAAUUCAAACUGAACCAGCCUGAGCUUGUGGCACAGAAAUGGGGACAGCGCAAGAACAAGCCCACUAUGAAUUAUGAGAAGCUGAGCCGAGCGCUGAGGUAUUAUUAUGACGGUGACAUGAUCAGCAAGGUGCAAGGAAAGCGUUUUGUGUACAAGUUUGUGUGUGACCUAAGGACUCUGAUUGGGUACAGUGCUGCUGAGCUCAACACCCUUGUGACAGAGUGUGAGCAGAAGAAACUAGCUCGGAUGCAGAUACAUGGGAUCGGUCAGCCUUUAACUACAGUCACCUUGGCCACAACAACACUGGAGAAGGACAGCUAAAAGAGACCACACAGAACAAUGUGCAGCAACAUCCAAAUAGUGACUGAAAAUGUACUUUUAUAUUUUUGACCACAGAAAUGCAAAGUGGACUUGUCUUCAAAGUGGAUCAAGUGGCUCUAGUAAUUCAAACUGGCCAGAUUUUUUUAGCUUUCUGUUAUGCAAAUCAAGAAAUGUUAGGAGGUCAGUUUGUGAGUUGUAAAGUCUUUGUGUGCAUGUGACUUGAUGCCUGAAUGUAUGAAUGAGAGAAGCUUUGUUUAUGUACCCAGCUACUCGCAGUCUGUAGUUUUUCUUAUUUACAUCAAUGUAUAUACUGGUACUUAAUGUUUUUGAUAGCCACAACAGCAAGUGUAUUUUCAUAUCUUCCAUUUACAGAGGACCUGUUUUGUAUUUUAUUUAGUUAAUGUUCCCAAAAUGAUUGGACUUUUUGUCCAUUGAGGGAAUAAAGUAGAAAUCCAUAAUA